AUGGCCACCGAGGAGGGCCCUUCGUUUGCCGACGCCAUCAAGGUCAAGAAGCUCGAUUCGCACAACUGCAAGGCCAAUUUGCACGCGGCUUUUAGCAUCGGUGCCGAAGAAGUCGAGAGUGUUGUCUUGGAAGAGAUUGUUGAGAUCAAGACACCCUCAACUUUUGAUGUAGUCGCGGCCAACCACGUCUUGAAAGGCGGUAUCCCGAAGCACCACGGCACCCUGAGCAACUCCUGCGACGGGUGGCAAAUAAGAGACGACUUCUUCAUGGACUGCCUCUAUUUGCUCCCUGCUGGUUACAUGGCGAGCGCGAAUCGUGACACGAGCUCCCUUGCUCUUUAUUUCGUUCAACCGAGCCUCUUGGUGCUUGGAGUGUCGGCUGGUCAUAAGAAAGUGUCGAGCUCCUUGUUGCACCGUCCACUCGCAAAACGACAAGCCAAGGCUUAUUGUGAGUCCCACGAGGCAAUAUGUGCGAUCGUUUCGGAAUGA